AGGCAAGCGUGCAGCGUUGAACUUGUGCGUGCAUGUGUCGCUCUCCGUGCCACGACUCGCCGUUUCUUGUCCAUCUUGUGAAGCGAGCAGGAUCAGUCCUCUGAGCUGUUUCAAAGGCCCUGACAGCGGGGGAUUUUUUCAUGUGCCUUUCGGUCUGUCACGUCUCCUCUUUCCCUCCUGUCGAGAGCGUGAAGCGCCGCGCGUGCAGACCGAGCGCCGUAAAGGUAGGUUGUGAGCUCUCCGCUUGGUGGAAUGACGCUUUAUUUACAUGUCCAUUCGGGGAUGAGUCCUCGCUCUCCUGCAGCGUUUUUAAGUGUCGAAACGCGCUCGUCAAGCCCGUGUCAUUGCCUCGCAAGAGUUUACAGGAGCAUAUCAUAACGGUGCACGAGGCGUGAGUCGAAGAUGAGAUUGUAAUGGAGCUGAAUUUGGAGCAGCGUCACAGCGUUCCGGUGUCGGGAUGUAGGGCAAAACUUUGUGAGGCGGUUGUCUUUUCCAAACUGCGACGACACCUCUCCUGGGGCCAAAAACCUGCACUGGAGGCGGCUUGAACAGCACUGUUUUUCCUCGUUCAUAUUCAUUUUAAAAACGAAUCUGAUAAAUGGGUUAAGUAGGCAAAUCCAUUGAGGAUAUAUAAUAUAAACUGAUCGACUGUGUUGUCUGUGCAAGCUGCUGCAAAAUGACGGCACAGAGACAAGGGCUGCGUAGUCUGCGAGGUUAAGAAAUAAGACAGAAAUAUAGCUCAUACUUAAGGUGGGGUUUCACAUAAAAAAGUCAGAAAAAAUCCAGAGUGGGUAACUGAAAUCUCAAGCAGGUAAUAAAAAGGUGAAAUAUAAUAUUAGAUCAAUAACUAAUAAGCUUUAGAGGCCCAUCUUAUGCAAAAAUAACGCAUUGAAAUGCGUAAAAUUGACCUCGCCUCUUUAACAACUCCUCAAAAUUUCGACUAAGUUCUUGUCAUAUCUUAUGCAUACACAGUUUUGUUUUAUCACAGGAUAAUAAACUUGCUAAAAAUAUUAAAAAUUAGUGCUGUAAGCAAAAUUCUAUUACAAAUUUAAUAUGUAUUGAGGUGAGGAUCAACCAAUCAAAAGGCAGCAUGAAAGCAUAUAUGGGCCUACAACUUUGUAAGCAUGAGGAUGUUUAAUAAAAUAUGAAAUGAUUUUUUUUUUCUCUUACAUGUUUUUUAUUCCCUUUUGGUCAGGUGGAUUUUAGCUUGUUCAAUAAAGAGCUUUAAUUAUUUACUCACCAUGUUUACGUCCACGAACAUGUCUGGAUUUGUCCAACGGGAGUUCUGCUAUCUGUGGCGCUGAUCAGGAGGCCCCGGCGACCCUUUUACGCACAAACAGCAGCAGCAGCAGGAGCAGGGCUUAUAAAAAAGAAGGUAAGACUUAAUGACAAAUAUUAAUUUAUACUAAGAUAAGGUGAAAACGCAAAAUUAAAGAGAGGAAAAACUUCUAUCUGGACUCAGCAGAAGAAAACUUCACCUAUGACAGGAGGCCAGUGUUGGCGCAAACAUAUAUUCAGACUUUAAUACAGCCUUUGAAUAGUUUUGUUGAUGUAUGACCAUUAACUGAGAAUAUCACACCACUUUAAUUCAAUUUAACUAAAUAUAGGGUACUGAUUUUGAAAGGGUUUGGACUUCUGGCUGUUUAGAGGUUCACUUAUGCAUUUUGAAAUCACUCAAUGUCACAGUUUUAUUUGUUAGUUUUUAAAAAAUAAUAUUAGACAGCCUACUCGUUUAUUGAAAUUAACUGAAAUUAAAACAGUUCCUUUCAUCUAGAGUUUGAAGCCUUAUUUAGUCAAAUGUCUUCAGAUUGUUGCAUAGAGCAAAUCAAUAAAGAACAUUUUAGAUUUAUUUUUUCAGUAAUAAAAUUAUGUUUAACCUAAAACGAAUCUUUGGCUCUUCUUAGUGUUAAGCCUCAUGAGUAUUAGUUUUGCUUAAGUCUAGUGAGGCCUUCAGACAGUCUUAAUGCGUUAACACUGCAGACAGACAUGCUGAGAGAGAGGCUGGUCUCUUUCCUUAUGUUUUUAUACUUCUGUGCAUUGGAUCAAUUUAUUUUAUUUUUCAUGGGGAGAAAAGGAUGGACCCUACAUGUAACAGCAUACUCAACCAGAUCACCAAAGCUGUAAAAUUCCAGCGAAAUGUCCAGAAUACAUUCAUGGUUAAUGAUAAUUCAGAGGAGCAGUUAAAUCACGUUGAAAUAAGACUUUAAUUUAAAAAUGUUAAAGAUAUGGAUACAUUUUGGUGACUAAUGUGGCAGUAUUUUCAGAAAUAGUCUACUCAGUCAGCGACGAAAAAGUAUUUAGGCCCAUAUUUAAAAUAUCGCUUUAUAAGGAGGGAGGAAUAACGUGAUUUCAACUGUAGCUUAAUAAAUACUGGUGAAAAUAUUUGAGAUUAACGUAGCCAUUUUAUAGCUUUAUUAAGAUUGAUGCAGCAUCAUCUUUAAUCUUUAACCCUUGGAGAUAAAACACAGUAAUUUCUAUAUUCAAACGUCAAACAUUGUAAACUUUAAACGUUAAUGUUUUUUAAAAUAUAUGCCUAUUCAAGGUUGUGUGUCUUAGCUUACUUCAAGAAAAUUCAUUAUUAAGAAAUAGACUCAGCUAUUUGUCCCUCCCUUACUGCAUUAAAAUAUUAAAACGCUUCAUUAAAAAUAUGUGAUGAUUUACAGGUAACAUGGAACCAGCAAGUCUGCAGAAGAAUUUUAAUAAAUAAAUAAAGGCCUUUUGAUGUCUCUGCUAAAAAUCAUUUUAGAGGUCGAGGCCUUUAAAGCGCUUGUAGUUGAAAUAGGAGAAAUAUCAGUCUGUUUAUAUAGCAUUGUAGCUGUACAAAGAGAGCAAUAUCGGGUUAAUGCUGAGGUCUGAAUUGUCUUGUUUUUUUAUUUUUAUUAUUUUUUUCUUAUUUAUUUUUUUCACCUAGGAGGCUAAUUGCAUGCUUAUCACCUGCAGUAGCUCAAACCAUCAAACUAUCCACGAGAAAGUCUGUUCACAAGGACGUUAGGAUCACCAUUUACACAGUAUAGCCUGACAUGUUAUCACAAUCCAACAUGUAAACAUACAAAAUUACAGCACCGCAGUUUAGGCCCGAGCCAACACCGAUUUGCACACAUCAAAACAGGCUUCCUCCGUGUUCUGCCAUAGGAAGAAGCGAGCACUUCUCGCAGUGUGGAUCAGUUGCUAUUUAAUGCAAUAGACAGUGUGGGGCCUGAAUAAUGAGGUUACCUGCGAGCAGGUAAACCACUCAACCCUUUAGCACAACAUAGAGAGGAAGCUCAGACACAUACCUGACUGAAGAACUGGUAGGAGACAUCAGAAAGGCACAUGAGGGCGAGUUAUACCAAAAAUAAGUCAUCCUUUCUCACCGUUGGUCAAAAAUGUCCAUAAAAGAAGAUUUCAAGUAUAAGGAUGAUAAAUAAUUCUCUUUUUGGUUCCCGUCCCUCCAAAGCGCGCUCGUGGUUAGCCUGUGUAGGCCUGUCGGGAUCGAGGCCUACUGAGCACACAGGUCGAGUUGGUGAAAAUAUUAAUAGGACUUUCGAUUCACUUCUCCCUCCAUCAUUAUAGCGCAACUCAACUCACUUCAACCCGACCCCGGCCUUAUUGGUUCACUCGGAAAGGAAAGGUUACAUCUGUCCUCUUUAAAAUAAACUUUAAAAAAAAUCAUGAUGAGUUGCAACAGAAAAAAACGGGUAUUAUAUUCAACCGAAUAUGCUUAUGUUGAAAAAAAGUGCAGUAGGAUAGCCUUACUUGAAUUUGAUACAUAAGUAUUCUUCUUAACCCUAAAACCAAGGUGAGACGACCUCCCUGCUCCCCUCCCGACAUGCCCCGGAAAUACUCCUCAUCAGAAUCACCCAAACCAAGCAAUUUAAAAAAAAGGGGAAAAAAAUUGGGGGAAAACUUCUUCCGCUACGUUCUCACUGCCUUUUUCAUUUCCAUGUAGAGUGUGAAAUCUUGAGAGAAAUAAAAGCAAUAAAUGUCAUUUUAGUUUGUCAUAAAGGGCUACUUGUCAAGUUUUAAAAGUUAGAGGGGAUUUUUAGAGUAGUAUGUAUCCAGAGCCUAAAGGGUCACUGCACAGGUUUAUUUGAUAAAAACAUGCGAUAUCUAAAAAUAGUCUAUUUAUAAAUCAUAUAGUGCAUAUAAUUUCACCAGAAGCCUUACACUACAAGGACCAUUGACUUUUGAAAAAGUAGAAGGUCUAAUCAUUUAAUUUGGUGAUUAUGCUCACAAACUUCUGCCUUUAUUGACUAUAAGAAAUAAAGUUAAAUGCCACUAUAAGACCAUUUUGAUCAUGGGGUUUUAACUUUCACAAAAAAAAAGUAACUUUUACUCCAUUUUUGAUGCACACAAGACUUAAAAAAGCAGUCUUUUAGUCCUAAUGAAUUGUUUUCUUAAUUAUUAUCACAUUAAAUAAGUGCAUUGAUUCUUAUGUGUCAAAUUACUCGAUGCCACAUGAGGACUAUAUGCAUUUUUCCUCUCCUAUUUUAUUUUAGGGCAAGUUUGGAUCUUUCGCGAAGACAGGACCGUUUCCAAAAAAUAAAAAUAAAAAUGUAUUGAUGAAUCGAAACUCAAUCCCACCAUGCGCAAACUAUUUCUUGAGAAACACCUGACUUGGGUUUCGUUUUCCAAAUGUUGACAGCUCACGACAUUACACUAUGCUUGCCUCAGAAAAAGAGACAGCGUCCCUGUCUGCAUUAACGUGGUCUCCCCCCUUUUGCCUUGCUUUACCUCUCUGUUGUAGAUCUCGCGAGAGCUCCGGCGUUCGCUGUAGCUGGCCGUGGCUUUGCAGCAGACAGAGGGAGAAGGCAGGCAGGCAGCAUCAUGGCGGACAGAGACAGUGGAAGUGAGCAGGGAGGAGCAGCCACGGGCCCAGGCUUCGGUUCCAUGCACUUAGCAGCAGGAGGGGCGGGCUUGGCUUCCGGGCUCCAGCAUGAGACUCAAGAGCUGGCGUCGAAGCGGGUUGACAUCCAGAACAAACGCUUCUAUUUGGACGUUAAGCAGAACGCGAAAGGCCGCUUCUUAAAGAUAGCAGAAGUCGGGGCCGGUGGAAACAAGAGCCGCCUCACUCUCUCCAUGUCCGUGGCGGUCGAGUUCCGUGACUACUUGGGGGACUUCAUCGAACAUUAUGCCCAACUAGGUCCGAGCAACCCGGGACUGGUACAAGACGAGCCGAGGCGAGCACUCAAAAGCGAGUUCUUGGUCCGGGAGAAUCGGAAAUACUAUAUGGAUCUGAAAGAGAACCAGAGAGGACGGUUUCUGAGGAUUCGACAGACCGUCAACCGGGGGCCCGGUUUGGGAUCUACUCAAGGCCAGACGAUUGCUCUGCCUGCCCAGGGACUUAUUGAGUUUCGUGACGCUUUGGCUAAACUUAUUGACGAUUACGGUGUAGAGGACGAACCUGCAGAGUUGCCCGAAGGGUCAUCAUUGACUGUGGACAACAAACGCUUCUUCUUCGACGUUGGAUCCAAUAAGUAUGGUGUGUUCAUGAGGGUAAGCGAGGUAAAGCCAACGUACCGCAACUCAAUUACGGUGCCCUACAAAGUGUGGUCCAAAUUUGGGAAUACUUUCAGUAAAUACGCCGAGGAGAUGAAGAAGAUUCAGGAAAAGCAGCGGGAGAAAAGGGCAUGCGAGCUGCAGCAACAAGAGGAGAUGCAGGCGGACGAUGGGGACGAGGAUUGAUAUAGAGUGCAAAAAGAUGCAAGAGUAAAGAAAAUAACAAGAGAAUAUAAUUAAAAACUCUACUGUAUAAAGAAAGAAAUCUAAAGAUUUAACUGUAAUGGUUUAACUCCAAGGGAGCAUCACCCACAAUAUAAGAAACCUCCACAACCUGACAGUUAUGACAUGUUGUCACUCAUCGCUGGAUGUUAUCCCACUUAUCCACCAUUAAUACAGUAACAGGCUGCUAAACAAAGUAAUAACAUUAUAUUUGAACAUUGUUUCCUACUUGACAAACGAUAUUGAACUGAGUGUUUAUUUCCCUUAUUAACAGAAAACUUUUGUACCAGUUAAAGCUAUUGUAAAAAAAAAAAAGUGUCUGCAAUGUUCAAAUGGAAUUAUUGCCGAGUACAGAGGAAAAAAAGCGUUUCCUUUUCAUGUGAGCUAAUGACUUCAGCACAAAUUAGAUAUUUUAAUUUUUAAACCAAAAUUCAAAAAGUUUGUAAAAGGUUGUCACAUGUACUACUUGCCAUCCUAUUUACCUUUACCUGUGAGUAGAGAUGUGUUUACACAUGAAUCAUAUGAGGGCUAGGCCUGCUUUGGAAACUGGUAAUAUGUCAUGCAGUAUAAAAGGAACAUAUAGGCAUUUUCAUGAGAUGAAAUAAGUGCUCUAUCUGUUGUGCAAUAUGCAUUGCAUAAAAAUCAAAUAUAUUGAACUGGUCAGAGAAUUUUGACAGGAUGACAUUUGCCAGAGGCAUUCAAAGAAAUAUUAAUAUUGUAAUUUUGUUUCAGUUGAAAUUGUUGCCAUGCAGAUGGAUAUAUAUUAUAGACUACCUUUGUGUCUCGUUGUUAAUGCAAUGUGUUCAUUUUAAAGGUACUAAAUGUGUAUUUGAUAGAGGAAAUGCAGAGACAACAUGUAGCAAAUGGCCUGAAUUGCAGAUUACUCAACAAGACGAACCCUACACAUACCGUGCUGAUUGGCUUGGUGGUCUGAAAAAAAGGAGGCACAAUUCAGUGGAGCAUUAUUGGUUUGCACAUUUGAAACUACAGACAUUUUGUGAUCUUGUUCAGUCAUCAAAGUCCAAGUGGUGCCAAGGAGUGCUGUUGCUGCAUGUUUUUCUGCACUAAGAUAGAUUUCGUUGGUCUCCCAAAAUAUUGGCUCAAGGACCCUUCCAUAUGUAUCUUUAUCUGCCUAUAGUGUAUGAAUCUCAAGUUUGAGUACCAAGUGAUUUCCACCUGAAGCUUGGUGUAGUUAUAGUGGAAGUUGUUUGGAUGUGUGAUGGUAAAAGGAGCCGACCUCGUGAACUCUUAUCAAAAUAUCACCUUCACACUUUGAGGAGGGCACUGAGGAGCACGCCUGGAUGAGCCAAGGAGAAGAGGGUUCAAUUCACCUCUAUGGACGUGCCCACCCCUGUUUUAAGAAGGUGUUAAGUUCUGUGGGGCUACUUUGAAUACAUACUCAUAGCUCUACUUUAGAUUUGUAAGCCCAAAUAUCUACCUUGGGAUGAUGAGAUUCUGUUUUGGUCUAAUUGUAAAUAUUUGGGCUGCCACACGGAAAAACAACUGGUCCUUAUCCAGUUCAGUCGCAUCUCAUAGAUGUGUGAUAGCAGUUUUAUAAACUCUGUCAGUUAACUUCAGAGAAACUGGCAACAAUCAGAUAAUGUCAGAUUUACCUCAGCAUUGAAUAAAGUAAUUGCUCCCGUGUUUAGAUUGACUGGAAACCAGCAAACUAGACUGUCCUUGACCACCUAUUUUUGGAGCCUGUGGUAUAGCCUAAAUGAUACCUGAUUGGGAGCAUCCUCUUCAGCAUAUAAACAACCUGGUGCCUUACACACUCCGCAUGCUUACACGCUGGCCUGGUGCUUUGGAUCGCAGUUUGGCUUCUAUUUCGUACUGUUUUCUCUUUCUUUCUUCCAUUCUCGUGUCUCAGCCCCCUUGUGUGCUAGCGCACGACUCGUGGUGCUAAAAGAGUUUGUUACGAACUCUUUAAAAAAACAUAGGAGCAGAAUUCUUAACUUUUUUUUCUGCUACCUUCCUCCUUCCCUAACUUCAUUGCCAUCCCCAUUCCCCAGCCAUCCAGGUAUCGGCCUACAUGUAAACAUGGAUAGGGGUGGUCACCUAGAUGCAAGAUGAUGCAGAAGAGUUGGCUCUUCACUAGCCAAGCGCUUUAGCAGAAGGAGCAGGGGCUGAUUGGGAACAUCGGUACUGGCCUGAAUGAUAUAAUUAUUUCUUGGCAAGCCCCCUUUGAAAUGCUCGUUCUACGGCUUGGGUAGUUUUGUGUAAGUUGUAAGUCGCUCAAUUAAUGGGGAGCAGCAAGCAUGUCUUGUUUUGUUUUUAUUUGUUUUACGUAGUUUUACCUUUUCAGCGUUAUUCCACAUUAUUUGUAAUUUUGGAAUGUUUUUGCCCACAAAAAAUAUAUCUAUUUUUUCUGUGCAACAUUUCAUCACUGUGUGCAAUAUCGUAUGUGCCAAUGGUGGCAAUAUAUGUAUAUCAAUUAAAUAUAUGAUUACUAUUUGAAAGCAUGUGGCUGAAUUCCAUGUUUAUUUCUCAUGAAGGAGUUGUAUGCCUUUAUUUGCACUCAAAGCUCCAUCCUAGGGGAAAAUAUAGAAAACCAAGGUCUUAGCAGCCUGUUGGGUCUAGCAGGUCACAGAAGUACUUUAACUUGAAACAGAACAAUGUCACUGCAAGUAUGCCUCUCUUUAGGAAACUUGGGUUGUUGAAGGAGACCAUAAAAAGAAUGGAGUUUUUGUGAAAAAUGUUUAAAAAACAGUGAAAUCUCCAUUUUAGCUUUAAGCUAAGAAAAGGUGCUUCAGUCCAAUCUUCAUUAAGGUGUAUGGUGAACUGUCUUCAGUGGUUGUUGUGUGUAGCACUUUGCUUUUCCCAGGUUAAUGAAAUGCCUGACCAAUACUUGUUUGAAUAAUCUCAACAAAGAAUGUCGUUCUCUCUUUUAGUUUUUUUUUUUUUUUCCUUUUUUUUCCUUUUUUUUUUUUUUUUAAAGAGGAUAUUUGAUUUGCUCAUUUGGUUUUGAUGCAUCAAAUAUAAUUUAUGUACAUUUGACAAAUUUAAAAAAUAAAUUUAAUUUACCCAUGAGGGAAAAAUCUACAUUCAAAAUCUGUGUUUUUUAUGUUUCAUUUCUUGUUGGAAAAGAUCUUCCCAAAAUGUCCACAAUUCACUGAUGAAAAGUGUCUAAUUUUGAUGUAGUGUUGUCCAAAAUGUCUUAACUCUACAUUUACAAUGGUGCUUAUAACUGAAGCUUAAUUUUACAGCCUUUCAAAUGCAGACUUUGCACUGACAAGUACCUGAUGACUUCUUCAUAGAGAUUUAUACUGAAGUACUGUAUGUGUAACAGCGGGCUGUAAAAUAAAGCAUAACGUUGUUCUCUAAUUAUCCUGCAUUUGUGUAAUGCAUUUUGUGAUCAUCCAACUUCAAGAACUGCAUCUGCUCAUACUACAGAAAUGUGAAGUUAGUAAUCAACCCAUCAUGGAUAUCUUUUAAGUAAGAACUGUGCUGUUUUACAGGUAUAAUGCAUGUUAGAGCAAAGGUUUGAUUUCAGUGUUAUUAAUGAUUAUAUGAAUUGAAAACAGCCUGAGCUCUAAUGUUAUUCACCACAUAAUCAACAGUCUCUGUUCAUGCUUCGUAAUGUAAAGCCAAGAUACUACAUCAAUUCUGCAACAGUUCUCAUCUCUUCAGCCAUGUCUAUGAUAUGACUAUCAGCAGAAGCUACAUCAGGAAACAAUCUACACACGGGCGUGACAAACUUUGUCUCUUGCACCGCCACUGCCAUUUCUCAGGGAGAUCAAAGUGCAGGGCCUGGACAUGCUCAAGGGCCUCACUGUGGGAUGUAUGUAUGUUUGUGUUGCUGUUGUUGUGAAGUUGAUGAUGUCUCAGCCUCUUUCAGCUUCCCUGCUGGGCAGGAGGAAGGAUGAAAAAACCAAAGGGGGAUGUGCUAAAUUAAGAUGGACUCCAUCCCAGAUGCCAACUCGGACUCGAAGUU